CAACUUCAGCUUGAUUGCAUGUGGACUGCUUCAGCUGGAUCAUGGAACAAGCGCGUCGUCGGGCCGUGGACCACGCUAGACCUCGCUAGACCAAAAGUUCAAGGCUCAAACGCGUGACACAGGGCGACAAACCGGUCCCUGGACUGUUCGAGGGAUGAUUUUCGUAUCAUGCGGUUCACCGGCUGCUUGUUGUCCAGCCGUCCCCUGGCCCCACUCUCCCUUGCGGUCUCUGGCGCCCGUCACUCCUUCAAUAAUACCCCAGGCCCUUCCGUUCUUUUCCUUUCUCCUCCUUACCCUCGAUCUCCAUCCUCCCCAUCCGCGACGGAUUACCCGCUCGUCUAACGACGCCGUCAAGCAUGCUUCCGUACGCUAUCCUCGCAGCGCUUAUCCCUGCGCUCGUUGUCGCACAGGACGAUGGCAGCAUUUCUGGCCCAGCAACUAGUCCCCAGGCGGCUGGUUACUCUUGUGAUGCCUCCAAGUGCCAGCUGCCAAGCUGUCACUGCGCCAGCACUAGUCCACCUGGCGGAUUGAAUGCGUCCCAAGUUCCUCAAUUCAUCGUUUUCACUGCCGACGAUGCCGUUCAAUCCUACACCCUCGAUUCUGUCAAUCAGUUCCUCGCGCAGCGCAAAAACCCAAACGGCUGUCAGCCAAAGAUGACUUAUUAUACAUCGCUCAACUACACGAAUUACACGCUCGUUACGGACUGGUUUGUCGCCGGUAACGAAAUCGCUGACCACACCAUGACACAUGUCGGUUCCCCGCCGGAUAAUGAAGUCGAUGGAAACCUGAUCGCACUCAAUGCACUCGCUGGGAUUCCCUUUUCAUCCAUCAAAGGUUUCCGCGCCCCAUACCUGAAUUAUACCGCAGAUACCUUAAAGCAUCUCGCCGCGGCCAAGUUCACUUACGAUUCCUCCGCGUCUGCGUCUAUCCCUGUCACUGAUCCUAAUACGGAUGCGUAUUGGCCCUAUACCCUGGACAACGGCCUUGCAAAUGACUGCUUGAACGUCCCUAACAUUUGCAAGGGCGAGCCGAAGCUCCCUGGAUUCUGGGAGAUUCCGAUGUACGCAUUCUUUGAUGAACGGGGUGUGGAUGGUCCGCAUCUGAUGGACCCUUGGUUGGAUGCAGCCAACGGUGCUUCCGCCGUUAACGAUUCUGCUACACUUGAGUACAUGAAGAGCACCUUCACUGCCCAUUACAAUGGCAACCGCCAGCCCAUCGGACUGUAUACUCAUCCAAUCCAUGUUUCCCUCACGUACCCCGGUUCGACUGCUUCCAAAUCGACGGUCGCCAUGAUCAACACCUUCCUCGACUGGGCCCAGCAGCAACCAAACGUGUGGAUCGUCUCAUCCGAACAGCUGCUCGAUUGGGUUCAGAACCCGACACCCAUUUCGCAGUUGGACAGCUUCGGCUCGCUCAAGUGCUCGACGCCGCAAGUCAGCGACAAGAUCUGUAACGGGAUGCCGUCGAACGAGGCUGGCCUGUUGAGCCACUGCGCGUUCCCCGACUUCCCCUUCUACACCUGCUACGGGUGCCCCGAGAUCGCGCCAACAGUCGAUAACCCGAACCCUGCUCAGCAAAUUCCAUCUGGCCAACAGGCGCGUGUCCGUCUCCCCUCUAACUGCUCGACACCGUUCUGGGACCCCAUCAAGGGCGACUGUAUCUGCACAUCCGACACUUGCACCUUCAGCGACGACUCCCGGCCCAUCGGUCCAAACGGUGCAAACCUGACCGGCGGAGGCACCGGCGGUUCCGAAGUGAGCGCUUCGGCGUCGGCGACGCAGAGCUACGUGCCAUUCAACGCCGCGCUCCCGGCGGUCCCUGCUGGAGUCGUCCCCGCGCUGCUUGUGGCCACCGUCGGCAUGUUCGCCGGUUUCAUAAGCACCUACGGGCGACUCUGAGGCAUCCGAGACUCUUUCCCCAUCCGCUCCUUGGACUCGGUCUGGAUUCUCACUUGACACUCACUUUGGAGUUUGCGCUUCGAUACGGGACUUCACAUGGCUUCGUUUCCGCCCUUGGCUCACCGACUUACAUCCGUUUCGUGGACAUUCUCAUUGGACUUCGUGCUCUCCUCCACCUCCCCUCCCCUUCACUCCAUGCAAUACUAACGAAUAGUACUUACCCAUUCCAUCCCUCGCAUUGCUCCGCCGCUCUGUUACUGUUACCUAGGCGCUGACUUCCGAUCGACGCUUACUUGACUAAUUAAUAUUAUCGACGUUCGUUCAGUU